AUGGCUGUCAGUCCAGAGGACCUGUUUGCGUCUCCUACACCAAAUAACAAAAAGAAGAAAAAGAACAAGUAUGCAAAGUUCUCAAAAGCGGACAAGAUCGAAAAAGAUCCCCUAGAACAACUGAUUGAAGAGUCAGAGGAGAAAGUAAAGGCUAUCGAAACAGAAGCAGCGAGCAAACGAAUAAAGGUCGUUCCAGUUUCACCAGAAGCAGACAAGAGACUUGAGUUUCCAAACAACAAAGACAUUGAUCCUUAUGAUCCUACCACAUUUGGAUAUAUUGAAAUUGGAACGGUCCAAGGAGCUCAUGGCGUUCAUGGGUGGGUCAAAGUCCAAGGGUAUACGGAUUUUCCAGAACGAUUGACCAAACCUGGAAUGCCAUUACAUUACAAACCCGUUCGGAAACGGGCUCCUAGAAAGAUUACAUUGGCAGCUGGAAAAGAGACAGGAAUGGAUGCUUUUUUGGUCCAAUUUCAAGGGGUCUACAACCGAACGGAAGCGGAGAAACUAAAAGGAGCUUCAAUAUAUUAUGCUACUCAACAAGAUUCUGUUGUUCAAGAGGACGAUCUGAUUGUAUCCGAUCUGGUUGGGCUAGACGUUUAUACUGAUGAAGAAGAAACGUUCGUUGGCAUUGUGAAGGGGAUCGUCUUGGCCGAAGAAAUGUGUGCUGUUCCAGGUUUGGGCCAAGAUAUGCUAGAGGUGGCCAUACACAAAUCCAAGAGCGACCAACGAACUGGUAGACCGGUUCCAGACGAUUUGGUAUUGAUUCCAUUUGUACCUGAGAUUGUACCAAAGGUCGAUUUGAAAGAGAGAAAGAUUGUCAUUGACCCUCCAGCAGGACUCCUAGAUUUGACAUACAUUAGGGAAGAAAGGGUUGUCCUCAAGGGGUUGCUGCCGCCGGCUAAGACUAAUUGA